UGUUAAUCUUUACUUUUCUUCUUGUGAUGUGUGGGACAGCUCAUUCCAGCACAGCUCCUCAAAGUCCUGCAGUCGUCUCAGCGUUUAGCAGUUCAACAAGACCGUAAAAAAUGCCAACGAAAUAUAUAUCUGUGAGCCCCACCAGUGACAUCAGCGUGAAGACCGAAAAUGGAGCCCACCCAAAGAAACAGCGUUACAURCGUAAGGAGGGCAACUGCAACGUCUACUUCCGCCACGUUCCACACGAGUGGCUGCUGUUUGUCACCGAUAUCUUCACCACGCUGGUGGAGAUCAGGUGGAGGGUGAUGCUCCUGAUCUUCGCCUCGUCCUACAUCCUGUCCUGGCUCUUCUUCGGCAUCCUGUACUGGGUGAUCGCUCUGGCCCACGGAGACGUCAGGGACCACAACACCGAGCCCUGCGUGUUUGAGGUGCGCAGCUUCAUGGCUGCUUUCCUCUUUUCUCUGGAAACCCAAACCACGAUCGGUUACGGGUUCAGAGGGAUGUCRGAGAACUGCAUGGUCGCCAUCAUUGUCGUCACCAUUCAGGACGUCAUCAGCUGCUUCAUCGACACGUUCGUGAUCGGAAUCGUGGUUUCCAAAAUGGCCUCGGCCAGAAAGAGGGCGCAGACCGUUGGCUUCAGCAGUCACGCAGUCAUCAACCUUCGAGAUGGUUCUCUUUGUCUCUCCUGGAGGAUCGGGGACUUCCGCAGGUACCACAUGGUGGAGGGCAUGGCUCAGGCUCAGAUAGUCCACACCGAAGAGCACUCAACAGGGAAAGUUGAGCUGAGCUAUGAAGACCUGACCAUCCAACAAAAGGACAUUGUCCUGGUCACACCCACCAUCGUCUUCCACAGGAUUGAACCUGGCAGCCCGUUGUACAAGAUGGGUUUGGACGAUCUACGGAAAGCCAGCUUUGAGCUGGUGGUGUCGUUUACCUACACAGARGACUCCACGGGCAUGCUGCAUCAGACCCGGACGUCGUACACGCCUGAUGAGAUCCUCUGGGGUCAUCUGUUCCAGGAGAUGAUCAGGGUGAACAAGCGGCACUACAAGGUGGAUUACAAUUUGUUCAAUCACACCGCAAAGGUGCACAUCCCCAUGAGCAGCGCCGAGGGUUACGACCACAAGAAGCGACUGGAGCUCUCUGCUCGACUUUCACCGCGGCAUUCGUCUGGAUGUUCUCCACGGCCUUCUCCGAAAACCAGUCCACAAAACCAUCACAGCAACUGCCUGAAACCUCCGGUGGUAACAGUGGAGCUGAUGGGCGACACCAGUUCCAAACCAAACAAUACAACGUACCAAGGAGAAGGUCGUCAAGACUCUGUGACUGUCCCAGACGACCUCAGUCCUGAAACAGAUGUCUAAGACUUUACAAAAAUUUGAAAUAAAUAAACUGAGCCAACCAUCUAGAGAGAGACAAUCCUUCGGGGGUAGUGCUGAGAAGUUUGUAAAGGUUAUUUUCUGCUGCUCAUCUGUGGUCAGGUCUUUAGACCUGAGAGGAUCCACUAUCCCUACAGCCAGUUCUGAGUCUGCCUCUGGGUCUCCUUCCAGUACCUGGAAAACCAAUCAGGAGGAAUCCUAACCGGACCACCUCAGCUGACUCCUAUCAAUYAGGAGGAGRAGCAGUUCUAACUGGAGCUCCUCCUGGAUGAUGGGACUCCUUUCAGACUGUGAACAGCAGUUCUUCUAAACUGGGAAGCCAUUUGUUACUCAACCAAAAAUUAUUCCAGAUCUAAUUAUUAAAACUGCUCAUCCGUCUUGGACAUUGUAUUUAUAAAAUGUUUUAAUUAGUUUAAAAUAUUAGAAGAUGUGCGAGUCUAUCAAAGAUGCAGGUUAAUCAUUAGGAUAAUAAAAUGCAUUUAUUUGUC